GAAAGAAGGAAAUGAAGCGAUUGAAUUUUAAUGCUAUAACAGAUGCUCUGUUAUCUGAAUUGUCGUUCAGCCAGGCCAGCUAAGGCCAUCUUUAUUUCAGGCAUUGCAUUCGCCAUCAAAUUAACAGAUCGACAGACCUGAAAUAGUGUCACCCGAGACAGAAUGGAUGACUUUUGCAUAGCCGUGCAAAAGAAAAUACACCAGCGACUGACGGCAAGACCUGACAAAUGACAUAAGCCUAAGAAGCACCAAACAACUGUUUGUGGUCGAAGGUGUGGGCGACGGUCACCGGUGAUAAGGUUGGAGUCAAUUAGUUGUGGAGCCGUGCAGGGGGAGUUGAGUUCAAGGCCAGUGUAACAACGAAACAUCAAGCUGCCUAGAGGCAGAGGCACUCGGCGUCCACCCCAUGGCUCACGUUCGAUACCCAGAGGCAACUUCUGUAGACGUGGCCACCAACUUGUCCUCUGUGCUGGGACGGCCUCUGUGCGUCAACGGGACUCCUUGGAUCCUGUAUCUGUUUGAAGAAUGCGUUGAAAAUGUGUGGGAGUAUUCGAGCGUCGUCAUUGGUCUCAUCUCAAUGUUUUGUUUCUUGCUAUCCACCCUGCCUCAGGUGUAUGAAGCCUACAGAAAUGGGAAGGUAGAGGAGGCCAUGUCGAUAGGGUUUUUGCUCUUUCUGUUUAGUGGAGAUCUCAGCAACUUUGCUGGGUGUUACCUGACCAACCAGCUUCCCAUCCAGAUUGUGACUGCUGUGUUCUACAUCUUCACGGAUGUCAUUCUUAUCUCCCAGUUCCUAUACUACAAGAUCAAGAACAAAAGUACUCGAAAAAACCCUUUCCUGAAGUGGAUGUGUUUCCUGUGGUGUGGGGCAGCCACUGUGGGCUGCAUGGUGCUUCCAAAGCUAAUAGAGGAGAACAGUGUGAACCCUGUGACACAGAAUCCCUCGAACACUGUUGAGAUAUCUGGCUACACCUGCGGAUACCUGGCCUCCAUAUUUUACCUCGCUUCUCGUCUUCCCCAACUCUACAAAAAUUUCAAGAGGCAAUCGACAGAGGGCACCUCAUAUCUGUUGUUUGCGUUGGCCAUGCUUGGAAAUGGAACCUACGGUCUGAGCCUCAUUGUGGUCCUGCCAUCGCUGAAUGGGUCCAAAAGCCUCUUCCUCCUGAACCACAUGGCCUGGCUGAUUGGAAGCCUUGGGGUUCUCUUCCUUGACUUCUUUAUCUCUGCCCAGUUCAUCUUGUACAGAAAGCACAGUUCCAGUCAGUCUGUUCAGCUGGCCAUGAAGAAGGUUCCAGAAGUAGAGCCCCUGUUGUGUGAGGAAGAGGAGCCAUGACAUCUCCAGAAUGCUCCCUACUGUUAAGGUUCCUGAAUAACUCCUUGGCACUCUCUGGAACAAGGGCACAUUCAGCCACAUUCAGGUCAUGGGAGACAAAGUUCAUAGUAAUUACAUAACACUACAGUGCAUCUAACAAUAACAAAUGCUACGAAUGCUAAUCCUCCAUUUAAUGGUGUUUUUCAUUCCAGAUAUAUUUAAAAUGUUUGUUUGUUUACUGUAGUUGUUUGUACCAUGUCUUGUUACC